AUAAAGAACAUUGGGAGAAGCUUGUAUUGAAUUCUACCAUAGAUAAUGGUUGGUCAUUCAGAUGGGUUGACAAAAAAUCAAGUCAAAUAUUAUUUAAUUUUGCAACUGCAGGAUUGAAAUUACCAAGCCAUAAAAUAUUGGCUGGCUUUGAUGGGUGGAAAAACAUUAAAAAGCAGGAGAUUUUAGGUUCAGUUUUAAUUACUUUACAUGGGCAAGUUUUAAUUUGGGGAAGGAUCACUUAUUGGUCAAACAAUAGAUUUAGGCCAAAUU